CCUAAUAUAUGGAUCUUAAAUUUCGAAGCAUAAUUUUAAAUCCUAAAUUCUAUAUCAUAAUCAUAUAUCUACAAAUAAUACAUUCUUCAAAUCAAAGUAACUAUUUAAUGUAUUUUUUUCUUCUGAAGAUUCAUGCGCUUUCUUUUCUACCAUAUCACAAUUUCACAAGUGAUGGUUAACACUAAUUAUCUACGCAUAAAGAUGAUUAUAAAGCGGGUGCAUAACACUAAAAAAGUGAGUGCAUCAAAGAUAAAAUCAUAAAUUUUAUUCAUUAUACUUUCGAACAGAAAAUAUCGUGUAUUUUCGUGUAUUGGAUUUCACAUGACUGUCUACGGCUCCACAUCCUUUAAUUCCCCCCCCCCCCCCCCCACCCCAACAUUAUGGGUAUUUGUCAACAAAGUUUAAAACUUGAUGAAGUCCGACUAAAUUGAAUCGAUUUACUUUCUCAAUUUGUUUUGUAAAAUUUGAGAAGAAGUAUUUGGAAGCAAGUAUACUAAGACUACCUAUAAUAAAAAGUAUAACGUUGCGGUUAAGACGAAAGAGUGGAACAUUAUCCCUAUGGGUUUUAGCUAGCUCCAAAUCUUAGGUAACAAUCGAAAUUCAUAGUCCUUUUAGCAUUGAAAUAUUUUUUUUGAGAAUUUAUCAAAUGACGGAGUUAGGCCAACGUGAAAAAUAAACACAAACUCUUUCUAUGACGGAGUUAGGCCAAAUGAGUUGUAUCCAUACUCCUCCAAAUGAUGAAUUAUUUGUCCAUCGAGCUUAUACUUUAAAAGUUUGUGUUUAAUUCAUGAUUAUAUUGUUAAUAAUAAUUGAAGGAGAUGUGCAACAAACGGGAUUGUUCUCUAACCAGUAGAUAAUUUAACAAAAUUUUGCCCUAUUUGAAUCAUAUGUACUAUUGUAAAGCGAAUGAAAUUUAACUUUUGACGAAUCCAUCAUCAUUCUUUCAUAAUUUCGUCAUUAAAUUGUGAACCGUGAACACCACCCUUAUAAUUUUGGCAAAGCAUUGCUUAAACCAAACAAUCUCACAUCCCAAUUAGCUAAACAAAAUUGCUUAUCCAAAAUCUCAAAUGGGCCCUAAUCCAAUUUAAGGAGGAUAAGCCCGCCAACGUUAUCUCCACGCGUCGCUCUCCCAGUGGCUAUUAGGAUUUUUUCCCUCGCAAAUCUCCCACUGAAUAAAACCAGGGCCCACCCGGUUGCAUCCUGACCGUCCGAUCCAUCUGAUCACAGGUUUGACUUUCUUCUAACCCCAUCUCUGACUGCUUCCCUGGCCAUCCGUCUUGCUGCUCGCUUUCUCUGGUUAUAAAACAAUUUCAAAAAGAUUCCAAAAAAAUGGAAGCUCCGCAAUAAUCAGAGAAGCGCUAUGCAUCUUCGCCCCGACGGAGACUGAUAAACAGAAAGGAACCGCCGGAUAGAGGAACUAAAGGUUCAUGGCGAUGCCGCUAGUUUCACGAACUCCGAGUCAAUCGACUGCGGCGGGAGGGACGUCGUCGUCGUCGUCGUUCCGCGGCAGGAUAGGCGCAACUGAUUUCCCACGGAGGCGGAGGAGAUUGAGCUUGAGCGGUGGCGGGGAGAGGAAUUGGAACUCGCGAGUUAGAAUCUCUGCGGAGAGCAGCGGCGAAGGGCUGAACGCGACGGAGACAAGCGGCGGAGGAGGUGGAGGAGUUGGAGCAGGAGCAGGAGCAGGAGGAGGUUUCGCGGGAGGCGCGAUGGAGGUUACAACGACGCUCGAUCGGAGCUUCGGAGAGGCUGAGUUCCCCGUUUGGGAGAAGAUCGGUGCCGUGGUUCGGCUGAGUUACGGAAUCGGUAUAUAUGGCGCAAUGGGUCUAGCAGGAAGGUUCAUUUGCUCAUUCACUGGGAUUGAUAGCAUGGGAGGAUUCGAUCCGUCGUUGGAUGCUAUUCUUGGAGGGCUUGGAUAUUCAGCACCUCCAAUUAUGGCUCUCCUAUUUAUAUUAGAUGAUGAAGUAGUGAAGGUUUCGCCUCAUGCUCGGGCCAUUAGAGAUGUGGAAGAUGAGGAACUUAGGAACUUCUUCUAUGGGAUGUCACCUUGGCAGUUUGUCCUAAUUGUUGCUGCAAGUUCUGUUGGUGAGGAGCUAUUCUACCGGGCUGCUGUGCAGGGAGCUUUGGCUGACAUGUUCAUAAAGAGCGCUAGUUUGGCGACAAAUACUCAAGGAAUGGCGUCUUUGGCUGGAGUCCUGCCUCCACUAGUUCCAUUUGCUCAGGCUUUCGCAGCUGCAGUCACUGCUGCUCUCACCGGCGUCCUAUAUUUUGUCGCCUCGUCCCCUAAAGAUCCAACUUAUGUGGUUGCGCCAGUUCUGCCAUCCCAUUCGGGCCGCGAGGAUCUCAAACGACUCUUUGCAGCCUGGUACGAGAGGAGGCAAAUGAGGAAGAUCUACUCACCCUUACUUGAAGGGCUCCUGUCUCUCUACCUCGGAUAUGAAUGGAUCCAGACAAACAACAUUCUUGCACCCAUGAUCACCCACGGGAUAUACUCGACGGUGGUUUUGGGGCAUGGCCUGUGGAAGAUACACGACCACCGGAGAAAACUGCGCCAUAGAAUCCUGCAGCUUAAAUCAGAGAGAGGGAGAAUCCAGUGAUGGGAAAUAGCUGGAAAAUGUAUAGCAUAUGUUCCAGAGCAUCAUGAUUAGGUAUAUAUAUAUAUAUAUUAACCUUUGUAAAGAAAAAUAAUAUGAUGUGACACAGAGUGUUCCUAGAUUAUAGACUUAGUUCGAGUGAUAGUUUCCAGCAGCAAGCGGUCUCCAUUGUAUCAGAAAUUACGAGCAUGAAUCGAGGGAAUCCACUUGGAACUUGGAUGGUUGUUUUGUGUGAAAGACUAGUCUUCCAACUGGGAGAUGAUGCUGGUGAAGACCUUGUAGCCUUGGGCCAUGUCGGAGAACAGGCAGUACUCGUUCUUGGCGUGGUAUGUGGCCAUCAAACCUGUGCAUUAUCAGGGCACAAAUGAUUAGUUGACGUGGAAAAAAUGUCGAGUCAUUGCAAUGCAGCUGACGAACAGGAUCAAUAGGGAAGAGCCAGUUGUAACGACGGAAUCGAUGGCUGAACUUGGCUAGGCAGUAAAGCAGACAAAUUGCUCUCAUUAAAAGCAUGUGAAACCACUACAUCUUAAUCAAGGUUAGUCAGAGAUUAACUAGAUAGUAUGCAAUCAGAAUAGAACUGAAGCUGGGUUAGGCAUAUAUGAUGAACACUAAAUUAUCUGCAAUGGGGAAGGUCGUAAAGAUUAGAUUUGCCACAACUGCGGAUAAACGUGUCUCGCGGAUGCAGAGCCUAGCCUAACACGAAGGCAUAUUAUCACUACUUACAUGAUAAAUCUUCAUCAGCAAU